GCCAAAAUCUCAUGCAAGAAGCAGAAGCAGAGGAAGAGAAAGGCGAGAGAAAGUAGAGGAAGCAGACAGUGCACGCCGAACGCAGACAUGAGUGAGGUGCAGAGUGCAGAGCUGCCGCGUGAGCAUGCGGAGGUGUUUGCAGCGGCCAAGAGCCUGUAUCACAAGGAUGAGGUUGACCAAGCAGGCGCCAUCCUCUCCGAUCUCCUCGAAACCAUGGUGGAGCAGUUUGGCCAGCUUGGAGGCCCCUGUGCUCGCGUGUAUCAGUUGUACGGUCUCUGUCUCAUCGCUUCAGCUCGGAAGGAGGCACCGAUGAUGGCUGCUGAGGACCUGAUGCGGCUCGCAGACCCAUCGGCACAGGCAGCAGCACCGUCCGCAGCACCUGCAGCAUCUGCAGCAUCCGCGUCAUCGACCAGCAAAGGCGCCGCCUCUGCGUCGGCAUCCUCAAAGCCUUCCACGGCCUCAACGACAGAAAAGAAGGCAGAACAGUCGCCCCGCGAUGGCAAUGACGACGACGACGACGAUGAUGGCCAACUCGACGAUGAUGAUGAGGGUGAUGGGGAUGAGAAGGCAGGUGACAAUCAGCAGGAAGGGCAGGCGGCGGAAGGUGAUGGCGAGCAAGAGGACGACGCAUCCCUGGUGCAAGUUGGGUGGGAGUGUCUGGAGUGUGCGCGCGUCAUCUACAGCCGUCUCCCCGACAGCGAGGAGACGCGCACGCGACAAGCCGACGUCCACUUUGAGCUCGGCUCCGUCUACCUGGAAACAGACCAGUACCGCGAGGCGGAGGAGGAACUUGAGCAAUGUGUGGCGCUGCGCCGCAAAUGGCGACCAAGCACACGUGAUCUCGCGCAAGCGUUGUUCCAGCUGGGCAUCGCACACCGGCAACUGAAGCAGAGCCAAAAGGCGAUUGCCGCCUUUUCCGAAGCCGUCGACAUCCUCGAUGCCCUCAUCCGUGAGGUUGAUGGGAAGAGCGACAAGCGGUCCCAGCGUUCUCUCCGCGAUCUCAAAGCCGUUCGAGCAGAGGUGGCCGCACACAGGAUGCAAGCAAUGCAGCAGGCUGUGGCGCCAACAGCCAGCUCGUCUGGAAACGUUGCGAGCAUGACGGACACGUUCGAUGCGCCGACGGUGACGUCGCCAACAACACACAUUGCCGCCGUCAAGCCGCGCAAGAAGACCAAGGCCAAGAACAAGGCAAAGGCAACGGCAGAUACAAAGGCGAAGGUGGUACCGAGCAAAGGCGAUGAUGGCCAAGCAGAUGCCAAGAAAGCGAAGAUGUCCAAGGAAUGAACAAGGCGGCCGCCACCUCCAACACAGUUCUCCUCUUCCCCAUAUGUUGCAGUCGUCUCAUCACAAACACGCUGUUCAUUCACUUGUGGUCCACACAGCAAACCAGUACACCACAGUUAUCCAUCAA